CCAUUUGUCCCAUCUGCCCAUCUGCCUCUGGAAUCCCUUCUGUAUUCUAAAUAAAGUUUCCUCUUUUCGCCCUCCCUCACUCUCAAUUAUUUUCUUUUUUUUUUUUUUCUUUCUUUUUCAUGUUCGUUACUGCUUACUGGCUUCUCUCACCGCAGAAGCCGCGAACCAUUUCUUUCUCUCUUGAGUUCUUCCCUUUUUCUUUUUUUGUUUUAUGCUCAAAAGCAAAAGAAGAUUCAGUUAAGUCGAUUUCCACUUGCUUACUGGAGCAGUAUCCUUGCUUUAAAUCACAGGGAUCGUUACUUGGAGAAGAUUUUCGGUUUUCCCUUCUGCAUCUUGUUCAUCUAUUGUUGGUUUGAUUGUCUGAGUGAGUGAUCUACUUGGUCAAGAGGGGUUUUUGGGCUUCUCCCAGAAACCUCCGAUGCAGUCUCUUUUUAGGGUUAACCGCUUCUAAGAUUUUUCCCCUUUCCAGUAAUUUUAUGGAGUUAUUUUGCUGUAGUGCAUAGGGGUACCUUUCUUGGUUCAAUCUUCUUAUUCUAAAGAAAAACUUUUAGAAAGCUCGUAUUCUUUCCUCUUACUUUCCGCUGAUAUGGAAAACUCGAGCUCCAAAGGCCAGGCAUGGUUUUGUACUACGGGGUUACCUAGCGACAUUGUGAUCGAAGCAGACGACAUGACUUUCCACCUCCAUAAGUUCCCUCUUAUGGCGAAAAGUAGAAAGCUUCAUCUGAUGAUAACCGAACAAGAAGCCAACGUUGCUAGAAGUCGAGAAGAACUCGAAGGAAAUGAUGCCGAAGUUGACGUUGAGAUUGAAGAGGAACCCUGCUACAUAUCCCUCCCGGAUUUUCCGGGCGGUUCUGAGACAUUUGAGACCGCCGUAAAAUUCUGUUACGGCGUCAAGAUCGAUCUCACGUCUUGGAAUGUGGCUCCUCUUCGUUGCGCAGGAGAGUAUCUGAUGAUGACCGAGGACUUCUCAGAAGAUAACUUAAUCUCCAAGACCGAGAGGUUCCUCUCUCAAUUGGUUCUCAGGAACAUCAAAGAAUCCGUGAGGACCCUAAAAUCGUGUGAAGCAUUGAUACCACUGGCAGAGGAGCUAAGCAUUCCUCAGAGAUGCAUCGAUUCGAUCGUGGCGAGAUGGUCGGUGAAUGAGGGAGCCAGCACAGGCUCGACUAGGUCUUCGAAUCAGAACAUAUUGAAUGGAAUUGAUACCGGGACACGCCGAAAGAGUAAGAGCAAGAACACCGCCGCCAGCAAUGCCGAACCCUGGUUCGAAGAUCUAUGCAUUUUGAGCUUGCCGGUGUACAUGCAAGUGAUUUCUGCUAUGAAAGCUCGAGAUAUAAACUCGGAAAUCAUCGAGAGCUCUCUGCUAUCCUACGCAAAGAAAUCAAUUCCAGGUCUGUCGCGUUCCAAUAGGAAACCAUCCUCGGCAUCCAUUGCUUCUGAGGCGGAGCAGAGAGAGCUUCUGGAGACGAUAAUUACGAAUCUGCCCCAAGAAAGGAGCUCGAGGUCACGCUCGGGAUCAUCUUCAUCUACAAUGACGAGGUUUCUGUUUGGGUUAUUAAGGGCGGCGAAUAUAUUAAACGCCUCAGACGAUUGUCGAGCUGCUUUGGAGAGGAAGAUAGCGUCACAGCUGGAGCAGGCGACGCUGGACGAUCUCUUGAUCCCGAGCUACUCAUAUCUGAUAGAGACACUUUACGACGUCGAUUGCGUGGGUAGGAUUUUGGGGUAUUUCUUGGAGGGUCUAGAAGAGAGACCGGAGAUUGGAGUGGAUGGCCACGGUGACAAUGGAGUAGACGGUGCUAGAUCGUCCGGAGUGAAUCCGGUGAUGUUGGUCGGAAAAUUGAUCGAUGGUUAUCUGUCAGAGAUUGCUUCCGACGCCAAUUUGAAGCCGGAAAAGUUUUGGGAACUGGCGGUCGCACUUCCCGAUCACGCCAGACUCUACGACGACGGCCUCUACAGAGCCGUUGAUGUUUACCUCAAGGCGCAUCCAUGGAUAACGGAGGAAGAGCGAGAUAAAAUCUGCGGUGUGAUGGAUUCCCAGAAGCUGACGUUAGAGGCCUGCACCCACGCAGCACAGAACGAGCGCCUCCCCUUAAGGGCGGUGGUGCAGUUCCUAUUCUUCGAGCAGCUGCAGCUCCGUAACGCCAUUGCCGGCUCUAUACUUACCGCUGACAUCAUCCCGCCGGAUUCCGCCGGAGCGGGAUCCUCCGUCUUACAGCAUCAACAAGAAGAGGUAGAAGAAGAAGAAGAAGAAGAAGAAGAAGAAGAGGAGGAGGAGGAGGAGGAGGAGGAGGAGGAGGAGCAACGACAGCAGCAGCAACAACACUGGCAACAGCUGCAACUUGCCUUGGCGGCACCUGGCGGAGAGAGCAGUAACACGUGGAGGACGGCUAUUCGAGAGAAUCAGGUGUUGCGGCUGGACAUGGACACUAUGAGAUCUCGGGUGCACGAGCUGGAGAGGGAAUGCUCCACCAUGAAGAAGGCCAUAGCCAAGAUCGAUAAGGUGGGGCCACAGGGAGCUUCUGGGUCCGGAUCCGGGUCUGGGUCUGGGGGUUGGAGGAACUCGCUAACGAAAAAGUUGGGAUGCAAAUUCAAAACCCAAGUGUGUGAUUCCCAUGAACGAACGGUGAUUGAAUCCAGGAAGCAGGGAAAACAGCAUCAUCACCAACACCAACAACCAACAAAUUUCUUGUAGCCUUUCUAAUAUUAUGUAUGUAUAGUAUAUGGCUUUUCUUUCUUAAUUUAUUUGAAUUUGAUAUUUAUCUUUUUCCUUCUUAAUUGAAGUGGGGGUAUAUUCUAUUCUACCAUCCACCGGGAGCUUGUGUAUGUUUUCUUUUUAAGAUUCUUCCUCGUCUUAGAAAUUUUUUCAAUAUUUAGUCGAAGUAACAGUUUCAACA